CUAUUAACAGCUGAGCUCGGCCUACGAGUUUUGCAGAGUUUGAGAGACACGGCAGUGAGCCAGAAGGGAAGGAAGAGACUCCGAGAGGACUUUCACUUAGACUAAUGCAGCUUCAGGUCUUCACUGCGUAACUUCUGCUCGGUUUUCGUUGUUUUGGUAUUUGCUUUAGAUUCUUCUAAAGCUUAAGCUAUUUCUUUAUUUUUAUUUUUUUUCUACAUUUCUCCCGCAUGCGAGUGGCGUGUUAAAAAGUUGUCCUGAUGUAUAACAUGAUGGAAACCGAGAUUAAAACCCCCCUGCCGCCGCAGACCAACACGGGCUCGGGGCCGGGUGGGAAGAACGGCUCCAGUGGCGGCGGCGGAGGAACGGACCAGGAUCGGGUGAAGCGGCCCAUGAACGCGUUCAUGGUGUGGUCGCGGGGCCAGCGGCGGAAGAUGGCGCAGGAGAACCCCAAGAUGCACAACUCGGAGAUCAGCAAGCGCCUGGGCGCUGACUGGAAGCUGCUGACCGACGCCGAGAAGCGGCCGUUCAUUGACGAGGCCAAGCGUCUGCGAGCCAUGCACAUGAAGGAGCACCCGGAUUACAAGUACCGGCCCAGGAGGAAGACCAAGACUCUGCUCAAGAAGGACAAGUACGCACUACCCGGCGCGCUCCUGGCUCCAGGAGCUGGCGGCGUGAUGGGCGGUGGAGGUGGCGGAGGAGGUGUUGGAAGUGCGGCGGCAGCAGCGGCCGCGGCUGCGGCACAGCGCAUGGACAGCUACGCGCACGUGAACGGCUGGGCAAACGGUGCGUACUCACUGAUGCAGGAGCAGCUGGCGUACCCGCAGCACCACAGUAUGGGCGCACCGCAGUUACAGGCACCCAUGCACCGCUACGACGUGACUGGCCUGCAGUACCCCAUGAUGUCCUCGGCACAGACCUACAUGAGUGCGGCUCCCACGUACAGCAGUGUGGCACCCGCGUACGCCCAGCAGAGCGCGGGCGCCGUGGGCCUGGGUGGCGUGGGCUCAGCGUGCAAGACAGAGCCCAGUUCUCCGCCGCCCGCCGUCGCCACGCACUCGCAACGCGCGUGCCUCGGCGACCUGAGGGACAUGAUAAGCAUGUACCUGCCGCCCGGGGGGGACAGCGCCGAGCACGCGGGCCUGCAGGGCAGUCGUCUGCACAGCGUGCACCCGCACUAUCAGAGCGCGGGCACGGGCGUAAACGGGACUCUACCGCUGACCCACAUCUGAAAGACAUUCUGAAAUGAGGGCUCGGCAAGGGGUGGGGUGGGUGUUUGGGUUGGAAUGGGGCAGAAUCGGGUGGGAUGUGGGGUGGGGGGUUAAAAAGGACUAAGUACUUCGGACACUUGAACAUUUAUGAUUUGCAAAAAAUAAGAAAAAAGUUCGAAGUUCCGUUUUUGUUAAAAAAAAAUGAAAUGAAAUUAUUUUUAAUCUCAACGAGUUGUCAACUUUUAAAGAAUUUUAUGACGACAUAUCAUGGACUGAACACUGAUUUUUUAUGUUGCCCUCAAAAAGAAGAAGAAAAAAGCUAACGCAAUCAAAACUUCUGUACAGAAGAAUUGGACUUCUGACUUUUAAAAUGCCAUUAGAUUUUCUGUCUAUGAAAAAAGGCACGUGGCUUCGUGAAGAGGCUGUUGUAUUUCAGAAAAAGAAAAAAAAUGAAAGAAUAGAAAUAAAACCCACUGGAGGGAGAGUACGUUCACUCAUUCAAUGUUUACACUUCGUUUGUAGAAUGUCAGUUUUGUUGGCUGUGUCCAAAAUCUGUGUAGUCUUUUCGCUCUUUGUUUGUGCGCUAGGUUUUAUUGAAAUGAAAGAAUGUGCUGGUCGCAAGCGCAAAGUUUGUUUUUUAUUUAUAGUACGUUGUUCCUUUUUUAAGCUUGUGACGUCUCGUUUUAAUACAAUGUCCCAUUUUUCUGUUUUGUUGUUCUGUUGUGAAUCUUUUCUUUCUGUGAUGUUCGGACAGUAUCAGGUUAACCCUUUUUGUGGGACGGAGAGUUUUAUUUAAACUGACGUUUCUACUUAUUUUAAAACCAUCCUCUAUUCUCAAAAUGCCGAAUAAAUUUGUACAAAAUCA